AUGGGCAAUUAUCUCUCAAUCCCUGUUACCACUAAGUUUACAACGCAUGAUGGGAACGACAAAUUCGCCUAUGCCGUCUGCGCUACGCAAGGUUGGAGGACUGUUAUGGAGGACACGCACAUUACUCAGCUAAACCUCGAUCAGCGGGAUGAGACCAAUGCUCUAUUCGCUGUUUUUGACGGACACUCGGACAUCGCUCCUUCGAAAUUUGCCAGCGAGAACUUGCACAAGAUAUUGGUCGCAGGUACAGAGUAUACUGAGAAAGCGUACCCAAAAGCCCUCAAGAAGGCAUUCCUUGAAACUGACGCACAAUUGAGCAAGUUCGUGGGCAAUUUUGGGGGUUGCACUGCUACCGUCAGUCUGAUUACACCUGAAGGCACAAUAUAUGUUGCUAAUGCCGGAGACUCACGAGCCGUACUCAGUGUCAAGGGAGAGGCCAAACCACUGUCUGUUGACCACAAGCCAAAUGUCGAGACGGAAAAGGCUCGUAUCACUGGAGCAGGGGGGUUUGUAGAGAGAAACCGUGUUAAUGGCGAAAUAGCCAUGUCACGAGCCUUGGGCGACUUUCGGUUGAAGAAGAAUUCGGAACUUCCACCUGAAAAACAGGCGGUGACCUCCGACCCGGAAAUUACGCAACACCAGCUUAGCGGGGAAGAUGAGUUUCUUGUUCUGGCUUGUGAUGGUAUCUGGGAUUGCGUCUCGUCGCAAGAUGUCGUCAACAUGGUCCGGCUUUUCCUUUCGCAAGGCAUGACACUCCCGAAGGUCUGCGAGGAAAUCUGCAACCACUGCAUUGCUCCCAAUGCAGACGGUGCCUUCGGAAACGACAACAUGACUAUCGUCAUCGUGGCACUAUUGCAAGGCCGUACCACGGAGGAGUGGUACAAGUGGAUCACGGAGCGGACUACAAGUCGUUAUGGGUAUGAGACGCCGGAGAAACCUCCACAGCUAUAUUCUCCCACAGCUUUGAAAUACUUCAAGGAGAAGAUGGAGGUGUAUGAAGAAGGGAAGCGGAAACGGAAGGAACUCAAAGCUCGCAAGUUACAAGCGGAAGAUGGUGCAGGUGUUCCCGUUGUAGACAAGGCUGUCGACGAAGUUGGCGAUCAAGACCAUCAAGUCAUUCAGUCGCAAGGAGACGAUAGCAGAGAAGCGGGUGGUUUUCAGACCAAGCCUCAAUUUGACGAAACCCAACCUUCGGGUGGUUCUGAAAAUGUCGCGGAGGUCGCAUCAGCGCAAACAGGAUGA